AUGCUGCCCACCGCCCUGCUCCGCCGCUGCGGCCCCCGUCUGCUGCGCCAAGCCCGCGUCCCGGCCCCUGCGGCCCUUCCGACCCGCGCCUACGCCGAGGCCGCUCCGGCAGCCGCCGCCAGCAUCCCCGGCCAGAUGUCCUUCACCUUCGCCUCCCCGACGCAGGUGUAUUUCAACGAGGCCAAUGAGAAGCAGGUGGAUGCCCCAACCCAGAGUGGGGCCUUUGGGAUCCUCGCUGCCCACGUCCCCACCCUGCAGGUGCUGAAGCCCGGCGUGGUGACCGUUCAUGCCGAGGAUGGCACCACCACCAAGUAUUUUGUGAGCAGUGGUUCUGUCACAGUGAAUGCAGAUUCCUCGGUGCAGCUGCUGGCAGAAGAAGCCGUGGCUCUGCACAUGCUGGACGUGGCGGCCGCCAGAUCCAACCUGGAAAAGGCACACUCAGACCUGUCGGGGGCAUCAGAUGAGGCAGCCCGGGCCGAGGUUCAGAUCAGGAUAGAAGCCAAUGAAGCUAUCGUGAAAGCGCUGGAAUCAUGAGCUGGGGAGCCAAACCGUUGGAGUCCUCCAGA